GACGUGUCCAGCCUCCCCUCCAGUCACUCCCGCCUCCUGCAGCUCGCUGCUCCUUUUUCUCCCAUAGCCCCAUGGCCGCUCCGUCGCCGCCCACACCAGGCACGGGCAGACUCCCGACGAUGGCGGACAUCAUGGCCGCGUCGCGCGCGCAGGGCCUGCGCAUGCGCUUGAGCACGCUUGGCCCUCUCUUCCGCGUCACGGCGACCCGCGUCGGCGGCGACGGCGACGUGGAGCUGGGCCGCGCCGAGGGCGCCGUCCGGCCUUGGCCCGGGGGCUCCGUGCUGCACCUCGACUCCAUGCGGAUGUCGCGCGCCACGCUCGAGGUCCCCGACCGGCCGCUAUUCGGCCUCGGCAUCUUCCUAGGCGCCGUCACCGUGCGCCAUGGCUUCGACGCUGGUUGCGUGCGCGCCGAGCUGCUAGCCAUCAACGAUACGCCGCUCUAUCACAACAAGCUUGUUAAGUUCUAUACGAGGAUGGGUUUCAAAGCAGUGCAUGAGGUAGAUGGAUCGUCAAUGAUGGAUCUUGCUCAUAUGUUAGUGUGGGGAGGUAAAGGAACAAGAAUGGAUGCUGAUAUAGAACAGCUCCUCAUGAAGUGGAGCAGAAGAUUCGGAUCUCAAGACUGAAGGCCUUUUCCUCGAAUGGCAGUUGCAUUCUUUGCAGCAAAAUAUUUGUAUAUAUGAUAUACUCCCUCCGUUCCUAAAUAUUUGUCUUUCUAGACAUUUCAAAUGACUACCACAUACAGAUGUAUGUAGACAUAUUUUAGAGUGUAGAUUCACUCAGUUUGCUCCGUAUGUAGUCACUUGUUGAAAUGCCUAGAAAGACAAGUAUUUAGGAACGGAGGGAGUACAACGGAAAACUACUGGUCCAAUAUUACCAGACUCAUUUCAUUGCCCA